UCAUGAAAUCGCAUCACCAAUUAAUUUACUAUUUAAUACAUAUGAUAUUAUUAGACUGAUCUCUUUCCACAGGUAUCCACUUUACAAAAAUGAAACGGUUCGCACACUAUUACGCGUGUCUGGCUGUGCUGCUGACGACAGCGUCUGCGAGGUCGGCCGAGACCAAUCCCACGUCCAAUUCCAUCAACGAGCAACAAACUGCGAGAUCGAGCAGCAACGGCGUGCUCGGCGAACUGCGUCAAGUCUAUCAGGUGUACAAGGAAUGUGCCGGCGCGGAAUUGAGCCCCUGUCUGAAGCUGAAGCUCCUGACGGCCAUAGACAGGGUCUCCCGGAACGCGCAGCUGAACGUGGCCGACGGUAUCACUCUGGUUCAGGACGAGUCGACCACCAACGAGUCCGAGCCGGAAAGAUCCCUGCAGGAAAUCGAAGCCAACCUGCCGCGGGCGCUGAAGGACAAGGAAGACGCUCUCAAUAGCAUGAUCUUCGACAAGAUCGUCAAAUUCUUCCAGAGUCACACUCUGAAGCUGAAGUUGCCGAACGUGGAGGAGCUUCAACGCAGUCUCACGGAAGAGGGUCGCAAGAAGAAGAAUAGAAUGGGAGGGCUUCUUGCCAUCCCCCUGUUAAUUGGCGGCACAUUAGUACCCCUGGCACUGGGCGCCCUCGCGAUGCUGGCCGGCAAGGCGCUGAUAGUGAGCAAGCUCGCGCUAGUCCUCGCUUCCAUCAUCGGCCUGAAGAAACUCGUGUCCGGUCACGACCACGGGCACGAGGUCAUUCAAGUCGGAGGCGGAGGGCACGGAUCGAGCGGAUGGGCGAGAUCGGGGCACGAACUGGCCUACUCCGCGUACAAACCGCCGUCAACCUAGGAGAACAAAAUUUCUUUCGGACGUCAUCUCGAACACUUCUCUUCGUCUUCGCCGUCAUCGCACCUCCCCCCCCCCCCCUCGCGAAACUUUCUCCCGUCUUAUUUAUUCUCAUCCUAAGUAAUCUGCUCUUUAUUCCUUUCUUCGCGCAAGUAGCCGUCUGCGCCUGUCUGCGGUCCUCUUUCACUCUUCUCUCCUAUCUUUGGAUCAUUGCACGUGCGGGAGCGGUCGAAUCAUCUUCAGUAUUUAUUUAUUGCCUCAUGCACGCUCGCCACGCCGCACGCAA